UGAACAAUGCUCCGACUCUCCGCCCCCCGCUCAACAUGGCGCAAAACUGCGGUGCGGACGAGCAGCGGAGCUGCCGCUGAGCGGUGCCGGACGCCGGGCGAGUCAUGUCCCGCUGGGUCCCGAGCCGCCGGGACAAGUACGGGGUCGCUAUCUACAACUACGAUGCUUCCCAAGAGCAGGAACUAUCCCUCCAGGUGGGAGACACGGUCCACAUCCUGGAAACGUAUGAAGGUUGGUACAGAGGAUAUUGUCUUCGGAACAAAUCCAAGAAGGGUGUCUUUCCUGCGUCCUACAUCCAUCUGAAGGAGGCAACAGUGGAAGGUGGAGGGCAGGACGAGACAGUCAUACCCAACGAACUACCAUUGGUCCAAGAACUCACCAUGACCCUGAGAGAGUGGGCAAUCAUCUGGCACAAACUGUACCUGAACGGCAACAAGGCCAUGUUCCAACACGUGCAGCAGAUGACGUAUUACCUGAUCGAAUGGCGGUCCCAGAUUAUUUCUGGAACACUCCCGAAGGACGAGCUCUUGGAACUGAAGGGAAAAGUCAUCGCCAAGAUCGACUACGGGAAUAGAAUUCUCGGUCUAGACCUGGUGGUACGCGAUGAAAAUGGCAACAUUCUCGACCCCGAUCAAACCAGCACCGUCACUCUCUUCAAGGCUCACGAGUCUAUCUCCCGAGGAAUUGACGAGAGAAUCCAGGAGGAGAAGUCCAGGAUCCACAACAUGGAGGUGAGGCGGCAGUCUAUAUUCAGCACCACACACACCUACAGCCUCUACGUCAACCUGAAGAACUUUGUCUGCAAUAUCGGUGAGGAUGCAGAGCUGCUGAUGUCACUGUACGACCCGGUUCAGUCAGAGUUCAUCAGUGAAAACUACUUGGUUCGGUGGAGCAGAACUGGAAUGCCAAAAGAGAUUGAGCGCUUGAACAAACUGGAAGCACUUUUCACAGACCUCAGCAGCAGCGACCUGAUCCGGCUGAAGAUCAGCCUGGUGUGUCAGAUCGUUCGAGUUGGCCACAUGGAGCUGAAGGAGGGCAAGAAGCACACCUGUGGUCUCCGCCGGCCCUUCGGGGUGGCAGUCAUGGACAUUACGGACAUGAUCGGUGGAAGGAACGACGAUGAAGAGAAGCAGCACUUUAUUCCCUUCCAGCAGAUCGCGAUGGAGACUUACAUCCGGCAGAGGCAGCUCAUCAUGUCACCCCUACUGACGUCCAGAGUGAUCGGGGAGAACGAGCCCUUGACCUCCGUCUUCAACAAAGUUAUUGCAGCCAAAGAGGUCAACCACAAAGGCCAAGGGCUCUGGGUCUCCAUGAAGCUGCUUCCUGGUGACAUCCAGCAAGUCCACAAGGAUUUCCCACACUUGGUCGACAGAUCCACGGCGGUGGCUCGGAAAAUGGGAUUCCCAGAAAUCGUUCUUCCAGGUGAUGUCCGAAACGACAUCUACGUCACUCUGGUACAAGGGGAGUUCGACAAGGGCAAGAAGAAAACGCCGAAGAACGUGGAGGUGACCAUGGGGGUGUAUGACGAGGACGGGAAUCGGAUCGAGAAGGUCAUCUUCCCAGGAGCAGGCUAUGAGGGAACUUCGGAGUACAAGUCGGUCAUCUACUACCAGGUGAAGCAGCCGUUCUGGUACGAGACAGUUAAGGUGGCGAUUGCGAUCGAGGAGGUCCACCGCUGUCACCUGCGCUUCACCUUCCGACACCGCUCUUCACAAGAGUCAAAAGAUAAGUCCGAGAAGCUCUUUGGGAUGGCGUUCGUAAAGUUAAUGAAGUCUGAUGGCACCACGCUCCGUGACGGGAAACAUGACUUGAUCGUCUUUAAGGGAGAUACAAAGAAAGCAGAGGAUGCCAAGUGUUACCUGACCCUGCCUGGGACAAAGGAGGAGCAGGAGGAGAGGGAGGGCCAGCUCGGGAAGGGGCCACAUCACUCCUGUGGCCUGUCCGUCAUCAGGGACAGUUUUCAGAUCUCCACCCUCGUCUGCUCAACAAAACUCACCCAAAACGUUGACUUGCUGGGUCUCCUGAACUGGCGAAGCAGUCACCAGAGCAUCGAACAGAACCUGAGACACUUGAUGGAAGUGGAUGGGAAUGAGAUUGUAAAGUUCCUGCAGGAUACGCUUGAUGCACUCUUCAACAUAAUGAUGGAGACAUCGGAGAGUGAAGCCUAUGACUUUCUGGUCUUCGAUGCCCUGGUUUUUAUCAUCUCCCUGAUCGGAGACAUAAAGUUCCAGCACUUCAACCCGGUCCUGGAGGCCUACAUCACCAAUCACUUCAGUGCAACGCUUGCUUACGUGAAACUGACCAAGGUGCUGAAUUACUACGUCUCAAAUGCCGAAAAUUCAGAGAAAACCGACCUACUUUUUGCUGCCUUGAAAGCACUGAAGUAUCUCUUCCGAUUCAUAAUCCAGUCGAGGAAGUUGUACCUGAGGAUUUAUGGAACUGAGGAAGAUGACAACGAGUUUAAUGAGUCCAUCCGAAAGUUGUUUCUCUCAUUCAACUCGCUGAUGGACAGACCACUGGAGGAAUCCGUGAAGAUUAAGGGGGCCGCGUUAAAGUAUCUCCCGACCAUUGUCAACCACGUGAUGCUGGUGUUCGAUCCUGUGGAGCUCAGUGUGCUGUUCACCAAGUUUAUCCAGAGUAUCCCCGACAACCAGCUGGUGCGGCAGAAGCUCAACUGCAUGUGUAAGAUCGUGGAGAGCGAGCUCUUCAGACAGCCCGACUGCCGGGACGUCCUGCUGCCCCUCAUCAUCGAUCAGCUCAGCGGACAGCUCGAUGACAACUCCAGCCGGCCGGACCACGAGGCCUGUGGGAGUUUGCUCAGCAGCACCCUAGAGGUCCUGGACAGGAACGACAUUGGGCCACAGCAGAUCCACAUUCAGAUGAUAAUGGAGAGGCUGCUGAGGCGGAUAAACCGGACGAUCAUCGGAAUGAACCGUCAGUCUGGCCUGAUUGGGACCUUUGUAGCCUGUAUGAUCGCAAUACUGAAACAGAUAGAGGACUACCACUACACGCAUUACAUCAACACGUUCAAGACCCGACACGACAUCAUUGACUUCCUGAUGGAAACCUUCAUUAUGUUCAAGGAUCUCAUUGGGAAGAAUGUUUAUCCGUCGGAUUGGAUAGUGAUGAACAUGGUCCAGAACAGGGUCUUCCUACGAGCCAUCAAUCAGUUUGCCACUGUCCUGAACAAACUCUUCCUGGACCCAGCAAACUUUGAGUUACAGCUCUGGAACAACUACUUCCACCUGGCCAUCGCCUUCCUCAUCCACGACUCCCUGCAGCUGGAGAACUUCUCGAGUGAGAAACGUAACAAGAUCAUCAACAAAUAUGGAGACAUGAGGAAAGACAUUGGUUUCAAAAUAAGGGACAUGUGGUACAAUCUCGGUCCCCACAAGAUUAAGUUCAUCCCAGGGAUGGUGGGGCCAAUCCUGGAAAUGACUCUGGUGCCAGAACCUGAGCUCAGGAGAGUGACAAUUCCCAUCUUCUUCGAUAUGAUGCAAUGUGAAUACAGUGUCAACAGGUGCUUCCAUACGUUUGAGAACGAGCUCAUCACUAAACUGGACCAAGAAGUGGAAGGAGGCCGGGGAGACGAGCUGUACAAGAUCCUCCUGGAGAAAAUCCUGUUGGAGCACUGCAGAAAACACAAGUACCUGGCGGCCUCAGGGGAAGCCUUUGUCCUGCUGGUCACCAGCCUGCUGGAGAACCUGCUCGACUACAGGACCAUCAUGCACGACGAGAGCAAGGAGAACCAGAUGAGCUGCACCGUCAACGUGCUGAACUUCUACAAGGAGAAGAAACGGGAGGACAUUUAUAUCAGGUAUCUAUACAAACUGCGCGAUCUGCAUCGAGACUGUGAGAAUUACACUGAGGCUGCCUACACGCUGCUCCUUCACGCAGAGCUGCUCCAGUGGUCGGACCAGCCCUGUGCUGCUCACCUCAUCCACAGGGAGGACUACCAGGCCUUGACCAACCGUGAGCUGAAGGAAAAGCUGUACCAGGAGAUCAUCCACUACUGUGACAGGGGCAAGAUGUGGGAGAGCGCCAUCAGGCUGAGCAAGGAGCUGGCCGCCAUGUACGAGAUCGAGGUCUUCGAGUAUGAGGAGCUGAGCCACCUCCUGAAGCAGCAGGCCAGGUUUUACGAGAACAUCAUGCAGGUGAUGAGACCCCCACCCGAGUACUUCGCCGUCGGCUUCUACGGGCAAGGAUUCCCCUCCUUCCUGCGGAACAAGAUGUUCAUUUACCGGGGGAAAGAGUAUGAGCGUUACGAGGACUUCCGCCUGAAGCUAGCCACCCAGUUCCCCAACGCGGAGAAGAUGACCAGCACCUCCCCACCCAGCGAGCAGCUGAGGAACUCGCCCCAGCAGUAUGUCCAGUGCUUCACUGUGAAGCCGGUUCUUGAUCUCCCAUUGCAGUACAAGGACAAGCCUGUUCCAGAGCAGAUCUUAAACUUCUAUCGAGCCAAUGAAGUACAGCAGUUUCAGUACUCCCGACCUUUCCACAGAGGAGAGAAGGAUCCAGACAACGAGUUUGCGACUAUGUGGAUUGAACGAGUGACGUACACAACGGUGUACAAAUUUCCCGGUAUUCUGCAGUGGUUUGAGGUGAAGACUGCCACAUUGGAGGAGAUCAGCCCGCUGGAGAAUGCCAUAGAAACCAUGGAGCGGACCAAUGAGAAGAUCAGUAACAUGGUGCAGCAGUACGCCUGGGACAGGUCCCUGCCGGCCCACCCCCUCUCCAUGCUCCUCAACGGGAUCGUUGACGCAGCCGUGAUGGGUGGAUUCGCGAACUACGAGAAGGCCUUCUUCAGUUCCAAGUACAUGCAGGAACAUCCCGAGGACCAGGAGAAGAUAGACACCCUGAAGCAACUCAUUGCCUUACAGAUCCCGCUGUUGGCCGAAGGAAUACGAAUUCAUGGGGAAAAAUCCACAGAGGAGUUGAGGCCGCUGCAUGACUGGAUCGUUUCCUGCUUCAGGGAGUUGAAGGAGAAAGUUCAAAAGCUGUACGGUGUGAUAACCCUGCCGCCAUCCCUCACCGACAGGAAGCGGAGCAGGUCAGGUUCCAUGAUCCUUCUGUAUAUAAUGUCGUCCACACUCCGUCGUCUCUCCACCGUCUCCAUGGCCUCGUCGGUGGUGUCCAGCUCAUCUACGUCGUCAGACAGUGCCUCGUCUAGACCAGCCUCCAAUGGCUCUGUCCUGGACCCACUUCUCGAGCGAAGGCUUCUGACACUCUCCAAACUGGACGACAACCUGGACAGAGAGGAACUCGACGGCCGAGUGAACAAGUCCAAGAGGAAGGAAAAAAACCUCAGUAAAUCUCAGGUCAUCUUUGAGAGAGAGCCGAGGAGCGAGCUCUCCCCCGACAGGGUCUACUUCUCAGAAGUUAUCUCGCCCCUGAGACCACAGCGACCAAAGAGCCUCCAGUUUGGAGAUAAGCGUCUGCCUUCGUUCCAGAUCUUCUCACAGCUGACGCAGUCGUCACAGGGUACGACAUCCACCACCGCAAAGAGCCCGAGCCAUCCGAUGCUACAUACCAGCUCAGAGACGACUCCCAGCCCAGGGGAGACCACCAGCCCCCCACCACCCCCUCCCAAGAGCAAGCCCUGCGAGAAUGGGAGUCAACGGGAUUCAUUCCAGCCUGCUCCACCACUGCCCGAGAAGAACUCUCCGCGACCCCCGCCUCCGCCUCCAAAAGCCCGACAAUCCCAAGCGACCUUCCCCCAUGGAUACUUCCCGGGAGCUGAGUAGUCGGUGCCGCUCAGGAUUUCCACCGCGGAUGGCAGCGGGCAGGUCCCCUUCUCCUGGGUUGGGGGGGGGGGGGGGGGAGGGGGGGGUGCUGCAGAGGAGGUCCACCGGCACAGACACAUGGAUUCCUCGUGGGAGCGGAACCAGCCUCGCGAGUCGACUGUCUGGGACACUCCAAGUGGGAACAACGGAAGAAAAGGUGCCCUGGGUGACAGCGGUCCGCUGGUAUCUAUGCCCUCGGUGGAGGUCACCACUGUGGGACUGUAUCCCUCGGUCAAUCCAACGAGCAACCUGUCGUGGUGCUGAGCAGAAGGCCAUCUCCUCCCACUCCUCACCUACCCCCCCCCCCCCCCCCUCGGGCUGUCGACCACUGCAAGGCCUGGGGGGGGGGGUGCAUCAACCAAGGACAACAGCGAGUGUAGCCCAGACUACAAGCACCGCGUCCGAUUCCACACUCAGAACAAUUUGCCCCUCGGCACAAGAACCCCAAAGCGCGGACACGGGACACCGCCGUCACGGGAGAAACGCAUUCCCCAACGCCAGGCUCCGUCUCCGUAACCAGGGGGAGAAAAUGCCAACGUAAUGUGCUGCUGGCAAGAAAAGUGACAGUAUCCCGACAAGACACACUUAACUGGAAAGGGAACAAAUGAACUGAAAAUUGAAGAAAUAAUCUCACGCAGGGGAGGCUUUAAUGUUCUACAUUUCAUUACACACACUCUUCCUGCAAGUAUGAGAUAUGAAUAACAAUGCACUAUUCAUAUUGUAUGUUAAGCACAAAAGAGGGAGAUUAACAUUUAAGAUUCUUAACAUUUGAAUAUCAGAAUAUUGCAUCUGUGGAAUGAGUUUAUAUAACUCUGUUGAAUAUGUUUCUAAUAUACAGUAGAGUUUCUGACUGGGAGGAAUCAGGAAUAGUUGGGGUGUGAAAUGUUCCGACUGAAACCUGCAAGAACACCCAACGCCAACCUGCCGGAAGGCAGUGACGUCUUGGAGUGAUGAUCUCGAAUUGUAUUCUCCUUGCUGACUUAGUGGUGAGUAAUGGUGGUGGCUGGAGGUGACAGGUUGGGUUUAGGUUACGAGUCUGUCCCCAUCACCAUCUCCACCUGCCAGGAUCUUGCCGGCUGUUACGGCACCGGGCCAGUGCUCAUACAAUCCCCUUGCCUGGCCCUCCCCCCCCCCCCCACCACCAUGGUCACUGGCAGUCUCCCCCCUCUCCCAAGGCCCCCUGGCAUUCCUAGACCUCCACUUCACUGUUCUCCAAAACAGGAAAACCAAAAAAACGUUGGUUUGACUGGUUCCUGCUGACAGCAACGGGCUAAAUGAUCCAAGCACUAACUCUGUGCUGGGACACAGACACAGUUGCAAAGAGAGAAUGGUGGAUCACUUGCAAUUUCUAACCCAGUUUUCCCAAGGCACUAAACCCCCAUUCCACACACCACCACCACCCCCCCCCACUUAAUUUUUUUUAAAAAUGAGAUUCCCAAAUGUCCCGGAGAUGCCCAGGUCCGAGGGUUGAUGCUACGUUUGGUGGAAAGUCAGGAUCCGGGACACCGAUGCAGUUGGAACAGAAACAAGCCUUUAAGUAGUAGGACUUGGCAUUGACGAGAAAGUUGCGCUUUGCUCCUCUGACACUCUUGCAUUGCUGGGACUGAUUUGCAUUAAUCCACAUCAGUUGAUGCUGCCAGCUACAUUGAGUAAUAUUUCCUACCCAGAACAGCAAGAUAGAAGUUUGCAGGAGAGUAGGUGUGAAACAGCCCUUGGGCUCCUCUCUCUAUGUUGAGAUGGGCCACACAGUGGUGCAGCUCAUAAAGCCACUGCCUCACAGCUCCAGGGACCCAGGUUCAAUCCUGAUCUCCGGUUCAGUCUGGGUGGAGUUUGCACCUUCUCCCUGUGGCCACACGAGUCCACCCCCCCCCACCCCCCCCCACCCCGGCUGCUCUGGUUUCCUCACACAUGCUAAAGCCAUGUGCAUUGCUGGGUUAAUUGACCACUGGAAAUCACCCCUAGUGUGCAGACAUGUGGUAGAAUUUGGGGAAGAGUUGAUGGGAAUGUGGGGAGAAAAGGAAUAAUGUUGGAUUAGUGUAAAUGGGUGGUCAAUGGUCAGCAGGGAAUCAAUAGGCCAAAGGGCCCGUUUCCUUGCUGUAGGACUCCAUGACGAUCUCUGGCUGGGUUUAGGAUGGAAGUAAAAAGGCUGCAGAUGCUGGGAUCAGGAGAAAAAACAAACUGCUGGAGGAAGUCUGCGGGCCUUUGCUAGGUGCCUGCUCCAUCUUUAGUCAGGGUCAAAAGAUUCCGCAUCGUUGGAUUAAAUAUCCACUGAGCAAUUCCGGGAAAAAGCAGGAAAGCCCACAUGCAGGAUGCCUGGGGGUAUCUAACACCAGCCCACACAGCCAGAGUCUGUCAGUACUGAGCAACUGGGGGGGUGAUCCAACACCUCUCACCCAAAAAAAACACCCCCGCCCAGGACCAUAGCAUGUGGAACCAUUGGGUAGGUGCUCACAGGGGUAGAUUUAACCCUUCCCUCACCUAAAAGUGGGAGGCUCUUCCACCAGCAAUGAACAGCCUUGGUCUUGACCCAAGAGUCCGGGCAGAUUUACAGCCCACAUGUGUGUUUUGCAGCAGACACUGGAUGGGAGGCAGUAAUUCCCUGGCUGUAAUCCUUCUCCUUGGUACUAGAGGUUUGGGAGGUGAUGCUGGAGUGGUCUGGGUCAGGAGCUGCAGUGCAUUUUAUAGAUGGUACAUACUGCGGUUACUGUGCGCUGCUGAUGGAGGGAAUGAAGACGGUAUGUAUUGCCCUAGUGCAUGGAGACAUCACAUCACUGACUGAAGCAAUCUCAGUAUCUCUAACCAGUUGGAGAUGGGGUCGUUCUCCUUGGGGCAGAGAAGGUGGGCAGGAUCAUCGUGUUCACAAGAGAGGUGUUGCCUUUGGUUGGAGGAUCAGAGAGCAUAGAUGUAAAAUUUAAAGCAAAAGAUACAAGACAACAGUCGGGGUCACUGCCGACCCCCUGUCACUGUCUCGAGGUCGGAACCUGUCUCACCCCAACUAUUUCAAGUAUAUAUCUUGCUGCUACAGAGUCCCAAACUGGAACAGGAGUGUUUUGCGAGGCAGUAUCCUGCUGAGGAUGUCACUUUAUGUACAGUGGAAAGUGUUAAAACGGAGCCUUGCGAAUGAAAAUCAAACCGCAGAUGCUGGAAAUCUGAACUUUAAAAAAAAGCAGAAAACACUGGAAAUGCUCAGCAGGUCAGGCAGCAGCUGUGGAGGGAGAAACAGAGUUAAUGCUUCAAGGCAGAGACCCUUUGCCAGAGAGGGUCUCUGUUCUUAUGAAGAGUCUCCAACUCCGUUCCUCGCUGCCUGACCCGAGUGUUCCCAGCAUUUUGUUCUUAAUCAAACCUCACAUUGGCUCUCCAAAACAUGGGACUGAGAGUUAAGAUUGGAAAGUCCAGGCCAAAUUAAAAGUGACAUAGCUCUUCAAAUAUGGUAUUCGGAAAGAAAAUCUUGAUUUCUUUUAACUCUUAACAUGCACUCCUGGUGUAAAGUUUGUAAAUAUACUGAUUUUUAAAAUAAAUGUCACUAUUGAAACGAGUGCAUUUGUACUGAGCUCAACCAUAGCAAAACAAGUAUUUUGAUUAAAUUCUCAGCCAGAUGCAUUUGUAUUCAUUAUUAAACACGAGGUGUUUACCAAGCUGGCUCAGUGGGAGUCUGUUCUGGAGAAGUGACGUGCAGGGUUUAGUGAGGACAUAGUUGGACCAUCGCAAACACAGACCACAGCGACACAAGAUAAAUGGCUGUUACACCCUUUGUCCGCAACUUGGUUGAAGCAUUGCAGAGUGGAGAGUCACAACAGUUUAGAGAUAAACAGUGCACAUUUUCAGAUUAGCUUCAAUUUACGCAUAAGAGCUGGAUCCAAACAGUCCAGUUCAUAAAGAUACGGCACAAAAACUGGCCCUUCAGCCCACCGAGUCUGUGCUGACCACCAUUUUUACACCAUAACCCGUUUUAUUCUCCCCAUAUCCCAUCAACUUGCCCCAGCUUCUACCUCUCCCUACACAUUAGGGGCAGGCAUGGUAGUGUAACACUAUUACAGCACUAGCGACCUGGGUUCAAUUCCUGCCGCUGU